GUUUGUCUCUGUCAGGUUUGCCGAUACGUGAAGACUCGCUGAGCUUGCCAGUCGAAGACGCGUUGGCGUGGGCGGCAGCGACAACAAUGAAGUGCAUGCGAUUCUGUCGCACCCGCGACUUUUUCGUUCACCAUCUCAUUCGCUUUCUACCUUGUUCAGUGCCACGACUGUCAUCCUUACGUGAGUAUUGUCGUCGAUUCACCGGGCAACACUACCUGUCAUGCAGCAUGUCUUUGACGCCUUCAUCUCCCCCGGCGCCACCGGACAAUAACGACACCGCGCUCUACGCACCUUGCGCUCCUUUCAUCAGCCUAAAGUACGCUCCGAACAAAAAGUGCAUCUGCUUCCACCAAGCCAAGUUCGAGCUCGCGACCUCGCUCUGUCCUCAACAUGGGUACCACGACUCUAAAAGCAAGGUAACCGAAUGGAAGAACUCGCAUGUCGCUGGCAACGUGCAAAAGAAGGGGAGAGGUACAAGAGACAGCCGCGACAACCGGCCUCGAGCGAGGGUGAGGAGAAGAAGAAACACAGCAGAGCCACAACCACGAAGGUCUCGGAAUCCCUUGUAUCCUCGACAUUCCUAUAUCACCAAUCAUGCUGAGCAAAGUGCUGUGGGGGCCUUCGCCGCAGAACUCGGUCUCAUGAAUGACAAUCUGCGUCUAGUUCUGACCUCCAGAAGUCCCUCUGACGAGUUCAUACGCUCCUUCGAAUUCUCCGAACGGCCACCUUUGACCCAAAUCGACUUCCUCGACUGGCCACUCGAUGCACGAAAGAUCAUUUACCGCUUCUUGCUUGUGCCGACCAAAAGAGCUGUGAUCUUUCCGGGCAAAAAUAGUCUCGAGACAUUUCGCCAGUUGAAUCCUGAACUCGACACGAGAAUCCUCCACACGAACAGUCAAGUCUACCGCGAAGCCAGAAGCGUGCUGUACGGCGAGAACAACUUCAUUGCCACGGAACCUGCAGACUUCUUCUUUCCUUGUGGCAUCCAGGGUCUUCGAGCCAGCACAACCACACGGAUAAAGCAUAUCACGUUCCUCAGGAAAGGCAGCGGCCCGACAAUGUGUGACAUCAGCAGCGAAGUCAUGUCGACGUCCAUCCUUUCGGUGAUUCGCCAAUGUCCGGCAUUCCUCCAGCUUGACACACUCACCAUCCGAUUUGAAGUCUUCCGGCCCGCGACUGUGAACAUGCUUAACUUACAAGUGCAAUAUGCAAAUAGCGGUAUGGACAACAAUAUCAGGCUGGCAUACAACAAAACUGAUGUGGUCAUGACGGCGGCGGCAACAGUAGCCUACAAGGCAUUGAGAAGAAAGGCACCGUUCCAAGGGUUAAAGGAGGUUGAAAACCGCUAUGAGAGUGUCUACGAACCCACCAAAGAUGGAGCUAUCAAGCAUGUCAUUGAGAUGUGUUUGUUCCGAACCCGCAAACCGGUGGUCGAGUACCAAGAGCAGAGCCAGGUUCUGCGUGAAGCGAUCUUGGACAUGUUGUUUGAAGAGAAGGAGAGAGACCUACAGGGGGCAGAUGAGAAGUUCCGGAACUUUGUGAGACAGUAUCCUGCGUAA